UAAUUUUAUCUUCCUGGGUAAAUUCCUAAUUCAUCUUCGAAAUAUAAAAAUUAGGCGGUCUUCUUCAUUUAACAUUUUUUCCCCUCACUUUCUCUCUCCUCUGCAAUUUUUUGUUUCUCUCUCUUCUCUCUCUCUUAAUCUCUCUUUCUCUCUCCUCUCCCCUCGCUGUGUCGUUAAUGGCGAUCUGAGAGGAAGAGAGACCUUCUAAAUCAGCACUUAAUUUUACAUAAUUACACGAAAUUAGGGAUUUCGUGCUGAUUAUAUAUAUAUUUUCAUAAUUUUUUUUAUACAAUAAUGUCUGCGUUAGAAUCCUUGGAUUUCUUCCUAAUUUCUGCUAGCCGAGCUUGUGUUAGUCCUAUUGCCACUUUUAUUCAGAUCCAGGGAUGUUUAAUAUGUCUAAUUCUAGCUUUUGGGUGGGCUUGCGCUGCUUAUGUCAGGAAUAGAGAAAUCAAACGCAUGAAAAAUGAAGCACGACGUGGAAAUAGCUUUGGUUUCCUUUGUCAUGAUAUUAAUGAGCUUGAGCACUCUAAUCAGGUCAAUCUACCAAGAGUCACAGUUGUUAUGCCUUUAAAAGGAUUCGGAGAGCACAAUUUGCAUAACUGGAAAAGUCAGAUUACAUCCUUAUAUGGUGGGCCUAUAGAGUUUCUUUUUAUUGUAGAAAGUACUGAAGACCCAGCAUAUCAUGCUGUAUCCAGGCUUAUGAAAGAUUUUCAGGAUGGACUUGAUGCUAAGAUUAUUGUGGCAGGCUAUUCCACUACUUGCAGUCAGAAGAUUCACAAUCAACUUGUUGGUGCAGAAAAAAUGCAUAAAGAUAGCAAGUAUAUUCUGUUUCUAGAUGAUGAUGUUAGACUACACCCAGGGUCAAUAGGUGCGCUCACUGCUGAAAUGGAAAAAAAUCCUGAGAUUUUUAUUCAAACUGGAUAUCCACUUGAUUUGCCUUCUGGGAGCUUAGGAAGUUAUUGUAUAUAUGAAUAUCACAUGCCUUGUUCAAUGGGGUUUGCUACGGGUGGCAGAACAUUCUUCCUUUGGGGCGGAUGCAUGAUGAUGCAUGCCGAUGACUUCAGAAAUGAUAACUACGGCGUAGUCUCAGAACUUCGAGAUGGUGGAUAUUCUGAUGAUAUGACUCUUGCAGCUAUAUCUGGAGCUCACAAAAAACUCAUAACAUCUCCUCCAGUUGCUGUCUUCCCUCAUCCACUUUCAAGUGAUCUUAGUUUCUCGAGGUAUUGGAAUUACUUGAGGAAGCAAACAUUUGUUCUAGAAUCAUAUGUGUCAAAGGUUAAUUGGAUAAUGAACCGGGCAUUAUUUUCUGUCCACUGCUACCUCUCCUGGGGAUUUGUGGCACCAUAUUUCAUGGCUCUGAUCCAUAUUGCAGCUGCACUUCGAAUGCACUAUAAAGCUCACUCAGUUGAAGAGGAAACUCUUAUUUCUGGCGGGUUGUUAUUUGUGGGUUGCUUAGCCACAUGCACUGCUAUCGAGUUGCUCUCCAUGUGGAACUUGACAAGGAUUGAAGUUCACUUGUGCAACCUGUUGUCCCCUGAGGCACCGCCGCUGUCACUUGCUACCUACAAUUGGUGUCUGGUAUUUGUUGCACUGCUUGUGGACAACUUUCUAUAUCCCAUAUCUGCUCUGAGAUCUCACUUCUCACAAUCUAUUAAUUGGUCGGGGAUCAUAUACUAUUUGAAGGAUGGGAAAAUAUAUAAGAUUGACAGAGGGAAGGAUAUCGGUCCAAAAUAUUCGGACCUUAGUGGAAAGAAUUUGUACGGGAAAAAGGGAUCUCCACCUAAGAUCUCAUUCAUCAGUUCUUUAGCAAGAACUUUGGUUCAGUGGCGGCAGCCCAAAAAGUACGAUGUGUAGGAUCAUUGAUAACGUAAAUGACAGAUUGCAAUUAUUCAAGACAGCAAGGGAUUCCAAAGCCUUGUUUUUCGGCGAAUAUAACCCUCGCUUGUCGAUUUGGCCAUAUUCUUCAUUGAUUGAUUCAUGCAUUAGAAGUCUCCAUUCUUAGAUCGAAGAUUUGGCCAUUCUUCAUUGAUUGAUUCAUGCAUUAGAAUUCUCAUUUUUUGAUUCUUCACUCGAUUCCAUUCUUCAGCUACAGAAGAUUUUUGUAAUUUGUGCCAAUGUCGUCUGUAGUUUUGAUGUGAAAAAAUUUUCCUUGUAUCAUUGUAAAGUUCCAAUAUUCUGUUUUUCAGGUGUGAUAAGAUUAGUUAUUUUGAUUUAA